AUGGUGCAGCGCGGCCCGCGGGGCCGGGGCGCGGAGGCUCGGCGGGAGCCCUGUGCCCCGCUGCCCGCCCGUGACAGCGAGCCCGCCUGGUGCAAGACGCCGAGCGGGCACAUCAAGCGACCCAUGAACGCCUUCAUGGUGUGGUCCCAACAUGAGCGCCGCAAGAUCAUGGACCAGUGGCCCGACAUGCACAAUGCCGAGAUCUCCAAGCGCCUGGGCCGGCGCUGGCAGCUCCUCCACGACUCCGAGAAGAUUCCCUUUGUCAGGGAGGCCGAGCGCCUGCGCCUCAAGCACAUGGCUGACUACCCCGACUACAAGUACCGGCCUCGGAAAAAGGGCAAGGUGGGCACCGGAGCAGCCCGCCCGCGGCUCCCAGUGAAGAUCAAGCCCUCCGUGUUGGGCCGUGUCUCUGCCAGCCGCAGGCAGCCCGCCAAGCUGCCCACCGGCCCCGACACCCCGCAGGAGCCCGCAGCAGAGGUGCCCGCUGAGGACAGCCCUGUGGUGCCUGGCACGGCUGCCUGGCACCCGGCACCCGACGGGGAGCACAGCCCCCAGGAGCCCCCUGCACCCCUGAGCCCUAGCACACCCUGCCUGGAGCCAGGGAGGUCCCCAGAGAGUGGGUCCCCCUCUCCUAUGUCGGCUGGGUCCCCUCCCUCUUCCUUCAGCUCCUCCGACGAGGAGCUGGAGGAAGAGCUGCUGGGGAUCAUGCCCGGGCGGGCUCCUCCCAGUGCCACCUGUGGUGCUCUGGACUGGUCCGUCUUGGACAAGGACCAUGACCUCUACCCGCGGGGAGGCUCCUCGCACUUCGAGUUCCCGGACUAUUGCACGCCCGAGGUGACGGAGAUGAUAGCAGGGGACUGGCUCAUGUCCAGCAUCUCGGACUUGGUCUUUACCUACUGA